UCCAGUGACGUGGACGUGUCACGUGUUCAUCAUUCAUAAUUUAACCCCCUCCGAUCCGUCCCACAUUUGCUCCCGUCUUCCCCAAUUCGCCAGGGGUCAACAACUCCUCUGCAAUUUCCAUUCCGUCGAUCCAGCUCCGCUCCAAGCCAGCUUCCUUUGCUGGUCCAACUCCCUCCCUCCAAUGGCGGACUUCUUCUUCGGGAGCCCGUUCCGCCGCGUCUUCCACGCGCGCCCCUUCUUCCCCGCCGUCGAGUGGUCCUCCGGCGCGGCAUCGGCGGCCAUGGACUGGGUGGAGACCCCGGCCUCCCACGUGCUCCGCGUCAACGUGCCGGGCCUCGGCAGGGACGACGUCAAGGUCCAGGUCGAGGAGGGCAACGUGCUCACCAUCAGAGGCGCCCCGCCCGCAGCCAAGCAGAAAGGGAAGGAGGACGAGGAGGAAGGGACGGUGUGGCACGUGGCGGAGCGCGGCAAGCCGGAGUUCGCGCGGGCCGUGGCGCUGCCGGAGAAGGUGCGGGUGGACGGGAUCAGGGCCGCCGUGGAGAACGGGGUGCUCACCGUCGUGGUGCCCAAGGAGGCCGCACCGGCCCGGCCCAAGCCCAGGCCCAUCGCCGUCUCCAGCAAACUCUGAUAGUGGCAAGAGUGCACUGAAUUCUGAUCGAGCAUGUGUCCGUGUCACCUAAACAACGUGUGUACCCGUGUAAAUUGUGAUACAGUUUCAUCAUCCAUUCAUGGAAGUAAUCCAAGAGUGAGUGAAAAUGGCCGCUAGCCAAUACGGAACACUAGUACUCUGGAUUAUGAAUCUGCAGUUUGUAAACUAAAUUAAAAUAAAAACUAAAAGCCAGUUUGAACAAAUUAAAGAUUCUGAGAUUUU